AAGGUUUUGUUUUAAAGUUUUUAUGUCUGUUGUGUUUGCAGUUAUGAAGUUAUGCUGAUUAUCAUCCUGAGAAGCUUUUUAUCGUCUAGACCCUUGCACUGUAUUCAGAAUACAAUAACAGUAAUGGAAAUAAUCAUAAUCUUGACCAUACUGGGUGUUUAUUAUGUGCUAAGCACCACUUAAAGACUAUCUCACUCACUCCUCUAAACAGUUCUCACCGAUGAGAAGGAGGUGCAAAGGGUUAACUUGCUCUAGAUUCAAUAAAUUAACUCAAAGCUUUUUAACAUACAUAAGAUGCCGGUGCGUAUGGACCACUAAGGUACACUAAGGUCCAGGGGAGUUUGGGUGAGGUUAGUCAUACUUCCGGGGCAAGGAAGACUCGGCUUUCCGCACUAUCUGUCCAUCACAUCAACCCUAGUGCACCCCAUUCCAUCCUUUCCCAUCCUUCUACUCCUACACGCCCUGCUCUUUUAAGCAAGGCCUAGACCAAACACUCAAGAUUGAAACACCUUCGGCGCCUAAGGAGCCACAGCCCGAGCCGUACGGAGGUCUCCGUUGCUUGUGUCUUCCUUUGGCGCCCCUUGAAAUCGCACCCCACAAGUCCCGAGUGUAGAGGGACGUAUUGAGCUUUAAGGUAGUUUGACUCUUCAGGUUUCCGUACUUGGAGCCGUGCCUCCGCCCCUGGCCUCGCCCCUAGCAACUCUGGCUUGUGUUGACAACUGCUCGGGGAUCCUGAGCCUCGGUGCCCGGUGGGAUGCGGUAGCGCUAUGCGGACUGUUUCCCCGCGCCCGAGGCCACAGCCAGCCUCCCCCAGUCCUCUAGCGACGCUAGCGGCUCUCUGGCUGCCUUCCCUGCUUGGUGGUAGCCUUUAGCCCCCGCCUGCCAUGCCCACUGGGGAGGCCGCGGCGAUGGCCGAGGGCCAGGACCCCAGCGCCAGGAACAAGUCCAGCAGCCCCCGCCACAUUCCGGUGAUUGCUGUGGUGACUGAGGACGAAGAGACGCAGGGUGUUUUCAAGUCUAUGGACCUUAAUCAUGUCAUCAAACUCCUUGAAGAAAAUGAUAAAGGCGAUUUAGAAGAAAAACAACUUAAAUCUGUCAAGAAACUGGUGCAGUGUUAUCAGAAUGGACUUCCAUUAAGGGAUUUAGCAAAAAUAUUUAAAAUUCUGAAUCUAUGUGCAGGAAAAAUUGAAAACCAGCACCAGUUUGUAGAAUCUGUACAUGAUAUCUUAAAAUUGUGUGGCUUGCCAUUUUUGAAAAAAAAAGUAUCGGAUGAAAUAACUUAUGCUGAAGAUACUGCUAAUUCGAUUGCACUUCUGGGUGACUUAAUGAAAAUAUCAAGUUCUGAAUUGAGGAUACAAAUUUGUAAGUGUAUUGUCAACUUUUAUCAUGCAGAGCCACCAAAGAAGCAUAUUCCAGGUGGUGAAAUUACGGGAAAACAAAUAUUGCAAAGGAAUCUAAUCAGUCUAAAAAGGCAAGCUAUCAAGGAGUUAGAGAAGUGAGAUCACCAAAGGAGAAGAGAGCCUUACCGCAGAUGAGCAAAUAUUGCCCAGUAUUUAUUUAAUCCUUUUGUCUAAAAUGUAGUUAGGCAGGCACCUGUUCAACUGCAACAGAAGCUAAGGCAGAAGGAACUUCUUAUAAGAUGUCCCAAGAAUCAAAUGUCCCAAAAUACCAUUUCAUUCAUGAGCAUUUAUCAGAGCAACAUUACAUUUUUGCUCUUAUUUGACUGCUGACACCAUGUAAUUGUUAUCCCUUGAAAAGCAAAGAAGUAAAGCACUGUCUCAUAUAGUGAAAACAUUCAGUAUUUGUAGUCAUCUCAUUUUCUGUUACAUAUCUAUUGAGAAAUAAGAAAUAUUAUCUCUUUUAGAAGUUGAAGUGUGCUUCCAAAAUAUGUGAUCUUAUUUCAAAUGCAACCCGAAAAAUCAGUAAACUAUGGACCCCAGAACUACAAAUAAAAUGUUAUUGAAACACAACCGUAUGCCUUUAUUUUGGUAUUGUUUAUGGCUGUCUUCUUGCUAUAGAGACAAAACUCUAGUUAAGAAGACAGAAACAUUAAAGUUUAUAUAUUUAAAAUGCAUACUAUCUGGUCCUUUAAAGAAAAGGUUUCCCCAAAUCUAUACUUUCCAAUUUUUAAAUGCCAUAUGCUUUUCAUAAAGUUUUUGUCGUUGUUGCCAUUAAGCAACAAAUUAAUCAUUCCUUUGUCUUAAUUAUCAUUAUGUGAAAUAUCCACUUGGAUUUGCUAAUUGUUUUAGGUUACCAGCAAGCUAGUUCAUCAUACAAGGCUAAAAUGGC